UGCUUGAGUGACAAUUCAGUGCAGACAACAGCCCAUGUAUGUCAGACAGAAACCCAGAGUGCCAUCCCUGCACACAGCAUGAUUGGAAAUCUGGCCUGUACCUUGGGAAGACAAACAGCUGCUGUGGCUCCUAGGAUCAUCCAGAUGAGAAGAUUCCUGCAUGGAACUCAUUUCAGGGUUUCAUCUUUGGUGGAGGAAGCUCUGGCUGAUGGGAGACCGAUCAUAGCCUUGGAGAGCACCAUCAUUACACAUGGCAUGCCUUAUCCCCAGAAUUUGAGCAUGGCCAGAGAGGUGGAAGAGAUUGUAAGGACAAAUGGGUCAGUACCUGCAACCGUGGGCAUUUUAAAUGGCAGGAUCCACAUCGGCCUCAAUGAUGAGGAACUUCAGUUUCUGGCAAAGAGCAAAAAUUUAGUUAAGGUAUCUCGGAGGGAUCUUCCCUACGUUCUCAGCCAGGGUUUGUCUGGCGGUACCACUGUGUCAGGGACGAUGAUUGUGGCACACAAAGCAGGAAUUCCCGUGUUUGUGACAGGAGGGAUCGGAGGGGUCCAUCGUGAAGGAGAGAAGACUAUGGAUGUGAGUGCUGACCUGACUGAGCUAGGACGCACUGCAGUUGCUGUGGUUUCCGCAGGCGUUAAGUCUAUUCUGGACAUUGGUAGGACGCUGGAAUAUCUGGAGACUCAGGGUGUCUGCGUGGCUGCCUUUGGAGACUCAAGGGAAUUCCCUGCCUUCUUCUCCCGCCACAGUGGCUUCCAAGCACCGUGUCAGGUGCAAAAUGAGGAGGAGGCUGCCAAACUUAUUGCCAGCACCUUGGCACUGGGCCUGGGCAGUGGAGUGCUGAUUGCAGUGCCCUGCCCUAAGGAGGAAGCUGCUUCAGGACAGGUCAUUGAAGCUGCCAUCCAAGAAGCUCUGAGCAACGCCCGGUCGAAAGGGAUCACAGGGAAAGAGCUGACUCCCUUUAUGCUACAGAAGGUGAAUGAACUGACUAGUGGAAAAUCGUUGGACUCCAAUAUUGCUCUGAUCCAGAACAAUGCCAGAGUGGGCAGCCGCAUAGCUGUGGCCCUGAGCAAGAUCCAAACUUCCACAGGGAAGGGCAACCUGCCUCGGCGUGAGAAAGUAACUGCACUUAGACCUGUGGUGAUUGGAGGCAUCAAUGUGGACUUCAUAGCCAAGGCGAGAAAUACCACCAUACAGGCUGGCGGACAGACAAACGCUGGGCAAGUGAGCCAAUCUUUUGGAGGUGUGGGGAGAAACCUGGCAGAUUGUUUAAGCCGUCUUGGGAAGACCCCUCUCUUUAUCUCAGCUCUGGGGAAGGAUGAACAUUCAGAGUCCAUCUUGCGUUACUGCCGCCACAUGGACAUGGCAGGAGUCCUUCAGCUUGCGGGGCACAGUACAGCUACCUACUGUGCAGUGAUUACAGGCAGCGGGGAGCUCAGCCUUGGCUUGGGAGACAUGGACAUCCACCAGCAGAUAACAGAGCAAUAUGUGUCCAAGUUCAAGGAGAGUCUGUGCUUGGCCCCACUGGUAUGUAUUGAUGGGAACGUGCCAGUUGCCACCAUUCAGUACGUCUGUGAAAUUGCUAGAGAGCACCAGAUAGCAGUGUGCUAUGAGCCAACAGAUGAGAACAAGGCUUCUAAGCCAUUCCUUUCAGACAGCUGGAAAGCGCUGACCUACAUCUCCCCCAAUCUGCGAGAACUAAGGGCAAUAAAUCGGACCCUCGGGCACCCUGUGCUGGCAGAUCUGCCAUCCAGGCUGGAGGAUGUUGUCAGGACUGCGAUGACCCUAACCCACCCCUUGCUGACACAACUGCAUUGUGUGGUGGUGACACUCGGCAUGCAUGGAGUCCUCUUGUGUGGCAGGAGAGUGGAAGGGAGUGUCUCGCUGUGCCCUGGAACUCGCAAACAGAAUGCUGCAGGCGAGCUGUGUGCCACCCACUACCCAGCAAUCCCCAUCUCCAGGGAAGAGAUAGUGAAUGUCUCAGGAGCAGGUGACAGCAUUGCAUUUCGAGACUUUUUCAAUCUCAGCCACAUCUUGAAGGUGGGGUGACCACAACUGGGCACGAUACGUUGAACAAUGACCUAACCUCCUCCAGAAUAAUUGUUAUAAUUGGCCUAAUAUCUUAUCAUUUGCUCUCUUUUAAAAUUUACCUAAACUUCCUAUUUGUUUUAAGCUGCUCCCCUGCCAGACAUUGACCAUGAUAUUUCUGAUGACACCUAGCUUUUUCUUCCUAGAGGACCCUGAAAGUUCAGGCCCAUUAGUAUCUGUAUUACUGUAGUCCUAUUAAAGUUAAACUGAUCUGCUCUCAUGAAGCUCAGUUUCUCUGAGUCCAUUUGGCAUUUCUCAUAAUCUUCUAGUUUCUAUGGUAAUUUCCUUCUCCUGCUGUCUAAUGGCUGUUUCUUCGCUCUGCAGAAAGCCUCUGUUCCGUACAGUGCUGGGUGCAAGAACAGACUCCUUGUUGCCAGGCCUUUAAGACCAAUGCUCACACAGGCUAUAUGUGCUGAGAAACCAAAGCGUACAGGGUGGCGGUGAACAGUUUCAAGGGAUUGAACAAUGGAAUCUAACCAGAAGUAGCCAACACAUUCGUGUCUUGAUUAGUUUCACCUUCCAAAUUCUGUGCUGGGAUCCAGCAAGGUUCACUGUGCUGUAGUUAAUGGUGCCAAAGCUCUGACUUGGGGAAGGUGCUCAGAGCUACUCCAGUCUCAGUCUCUCCCAGCAGGAGGCAUGGGAGGGCAUGGUGUAGGUAGGGGCACUGGCUCAAGAGGAGUGUGCAGCUCAUUUGUAUCUUAAGGUUCUCUUGGAAUCCCUGCCCAGAUGGCUGGGUCUGCUGUCAGUUUGUGGAAGCUGUUUGUGCCCUGCACCCUGGUUACUGUGACAACAUAACAGUGCGUGCACAUACACAGCACUG